UUAUUUAACGUUACGCUUAUUGCACCGUUCCGUCAGUUUUUCCUCAGUUUUUUUUUAUUUUGUCGAUUACUUGUCGAUCACUUGUGCGUUAUAAAUAUUUAUCCGUAUAUUUAUACGCAAUAUAUUAUAUACCGGCACGUAUCAAGUAUCUGUCUUACUAUUCUUAAUUAUAAUUUAAUUUCCAAAACAACUGUUCAUUUUACAUAUUAUUUACAUAUUAUCAGAUGUAAUGAUAAUUUAAAAAAUCGUGACUUCUAUAAAAAAAAUUCAAUGUAUAACAAACGCGUUUUUAAUAUAUAAGUGCAUUAUUUUUUUAUCCUCAGUUGUUUUUUCACGCUUCAAUGUGUCAUUUCAAAAAUAUUGUCGUAUAUAAUAUGAGAUAAGAUAUACAUACGUGUAUAUUAUAUUUUCAAAUGAAAAAGAAAGAGAGAAACAUUUAUAACGAACAACAUUGAAGAAUUUAAUCUAUAAAUUUAAUGUAUUGGAAUAUCAAGAAUUUCAAAUUUGAACACAGUUUUUUAAGAUGAUUUCCAAAAUCGAUGUUUCGCAUUUUUUAUAUGUGUGGAAUAGAGACUUACGAUAUGGUAAAAUCACAGUGGCCGCUAUUAAUGGUUUCUCUACAAUUUUACUAUAAUAACGGAAAAAGUAUAUCGUGGUUUCGAUUGAAACUCUGAUUGAACAAAAUGCAAAUGUGUAUUCUUAUGAUAUAGUAUGGCUUCAGUAUUCUGGCAUGUCUCUGGGAAUAAUUUGAUUUUUGCUACUUUUAUCUUGCUCUUGCUACUUUGUCCUCACAGUAGUACAGAGUGUGAUCAAAAAUUUAUAAGCACACCUGAUGGACCACCGAAUGGAACAUUUCACGCGCCAACGUUAAUAAAUUACGAUGGAGAUUCUCGACAAUGCGUAUAUACAUUUUUUGCUGGACCACGACAACGAGUCGAACUGAUAUUUACUUCGUUUGGCCUUCGGGGAACACCUCCAGAUGGAUCCGCUGUUGGAGAAUUACCCGCUUGUGUCCACGAAUAUAUGGAUGUGUAUGCGGAAAUACGAUCGGAGAAUACCAGCAAAUUAGUGGAAACGCCUUUCGGUGGUCGUUUCUGUGGCCCGAUCCCACCUCGUAGGCGUGUUUCUCUUUACCAAGGAAUUGCUCUAAGUUUUUACACUGAUAAAAAUAUUACGUUACCUACCCUGUUCAGCGGUACUUAUGCCUUUAUCAAUUCAUCUGAAUACGAGGUGGGAACACCAGCUCCCAGCACACCAUGCUCUUUCACGGUAGAUUCGGAACAUAAACGCAAUGGUAAUAUAUUAUCUCCUACGUAUCCUGGCACAUAUCCAAAGGGUAUUAUAUGCAGUUAUCAAUUUAUUGGGAAUAAAUCGCAACGAGUGAGACUCGAAUUCCGGGAUUUUGAUUUGUUCUUCGGAGGUCAACACUGUCCUUUGGAUUACGUAAAAGUGUAUGAUGGUUUAAACGAUACGUCGGCCGUUAUAGGAACUUAUUGCGGUCAACAGCGAAAUUUGGUGUUGUAUUCGUCAGAAUCUAGUUUGUAUGUGUUGUUUGUUACCCUUCAACGUACGGCCAAUACACAAAAUCGUGGAUUCAAGGGCAUCUUUGAAUUCUCAGAGAGUUUUGUUAAAUUAGACUUCAUAACCGCUAACAAGGGUGAGCAUAUACGAGGAUCAGAAUGUGAUCAGAAGAUUUUAAGUAAAAAGGAAUCGUCUGGACAAGUUGUUAGCCCAAACUUUCCAUAUCCGUACAUACCGAAGGUCGUGUGUCGAUAUUUCAUAUAUGGAAUGCAAGAUUCUCAACAUCUCGAGCGUGUUCGAUUAGAAUUUAUAACAUUUAAUAUACCAAAGAAUAAGACUAUAGGAGAUUCGUCUUGUACCGAUGGAUAUUUAAAGUUAUACUUAAAAGGGCAAGAAGCGACGGAUUCUUACGACAAAUUUGAUUACGAAUUGUGCGGCGUGAAGAGCAAUCCGAACCACGUAGUUAGCGAUGGGCCGAGACUCGUGAUGGUGUUUAGCAGCGGAGAAUCUCAAGGGCAAGGUUUUAAAGCACGAUACACUUUUGAAACGGAAUAUAAAAUACCGGGCACCGCUGCACCCGAUGGCAGCUGUACAUUCACAUACCGCAGUUCCUCUCGCAAAAGAGGAGAUUUUAAUUCUCCUCGACAUCCUAGUAAUUAUCCAAGCGAUACAAAUUGCACAUAUUUAUUCUUAGCGACGCCAAACGAGCAAGUUACCUUAAUAUUUGAUUACUUUAAAGUUCGAACGAAAAAUAUGAACAUGACGGAUGGACAUUAUGGAAUGGAAAUUUGUCAAGAUGAUUGGUUGGAAAUAUAUAAUAUGUAUCGGGACAAUACGGAAAAAUUGAUAGGUAGAUACUGCGGUAACACGGCGCCAGGACCUGUUGAGUCAAAUCUCGGUGCUCUCGGUUUAAGAGUAAUUCUCCAUUCGGACUCGGAACUAGUUUAUAGCGGUUUUAAAGCGCGUUACACGUUCGAAGUGGCGAAACCUAUAUUUGGAGAUUGCGGAUCGAAUAUAAGUAGUGUAAAUUAUGGUAUUAUCGCCAGUCCGAAUUUUCCAAACAAAUACGAUGGACCCGCGAGAAAUAUGGCAAGUAAAACUUGCAAUUGGUUUAUAAGAGUUCGACCGAAUCAGCGAAUAUUAUUAAAUUUUGAAUCGUUUUCGGUAGAGGGUGAUCAAUCAGUUCGUGGUUGUCCAGCUGCCGUGCUGCGCAUGUGGUAUUCCGUAUCGUCCACGCCUAUUGAGUUAUGCGGCGUGAAAACAUCAGAUAAAUGGACUUAUCUUUCUGAGGAUAACAACAUGCGACUUAGCUUCAUAUUGGCCGACAAAGCGGUUGGACAAUUGGGAUUUAAAGCGAUAUGGACGGAAGUAAGCACAAAUACCGACUGCCAGAAUCAAUUUUUGUGCAGCAAAAAUAAAUACUGCAUUGCAGAGUCGCUUCGAUGUAAUGAGGUUUAUAAUUGUGGCCCAGCUGAUGUUUCGGAUGAAGAAAAUUGUAAUACAGUUGUACAGAAAAAUAAUUACGCUGUUCCUGUGGGUUAUACCAUCGGUGCUGUAUUAAUAGCAUUAAUCAUUUGUCUUUUUUGUCAUCGGAAGUUGAAAAGAAGAGUUCAGACUGUGCAUCUCAACGAUCUGCGCCAACACAUAGACGAUAGACAUUUAUGUUAUCACGAUGAAAAUCUUCUUCAACAUCACCACCAUUAUCACCAUCAUCAUCAUCAUCAACAACAACAGCAACAGCAGCAGCAGCAACAACAACAACAACAACAACAACAACAACAACGUUAUCAAAAUUUGAAUAACGAUUCAAAAUAUCAUUUAGAAUCAUCGACUAGUCCAAUGAGUGAGAGCGAUAUCGAAGAAGCUAGCAGUGUCAAUAGUGUGUGACAUCGUGCCAUCUUAUUUAAUGUCACGUGUUGCGUUAUUUAUGUUCAGCGAAAUGUCUCAUUUUCUAUCUCGAUCGAUAUUAUCGCAAUUAUCAUUAGUCGAUCAUUUCAUUCUACAAAGAAAUCCAUUGAAGCGCUUUCAUGGUUAAUACGAAAAAAUUUUUUAAUAAUAUGCUCGAUUGCAUUCCAACGAGACGAAAUUAUUUAUUUAUUGCCGAGUAUUAUCGAAUACGAUAAAAACUAUUUAUAUAUUUUUUAUGUAUGUACCAUUUAUUUUUUCAUAGACUGUUAAAUAAUUUUAAACAGUUAAAUAUUUAUUGUUAUUUUGUUAUAUAUUUAUAUUAUUAUAUUUUAUUGUUUUUAAAUUUUUAGUCUAAAAAUAUGUGCAAAUAUAUGAACAUUAUUAAAUAUCUAAAAGAUUAUAUACGUAUGGAUGUUUUUAUCAUAGUUACAGAGAUAUUUAUAUUUAUGAUUGUAAAGAAAUCCCAAGGAUUGAUUAAAGAAAUGUGACAAAUAAAAAUUAGGCUAUAAUCUGUGCAUUGGCAAUAACUUGAAUGAAAAAUAUGUGUGAUUAUUAAUUUUGUUACAGAUAAAAUUAAAAAAAAAAGAACAUUUUUAUAUCGAGUUAAUUAGAUUUAAUAUCGCUACGAAUUAUACGAAUCGACAUUUGUUUUUUCUUGUUUUAUUUUGUAUAAUUUUUAGCAAAUUCGACGUGAUGGAAAUAAUCAGAGAUUAUGUAAAAAUACACGGCACUACAUUCGUAUAUCUGGUUGAAAUUUUUGAUUAAGUAGAAAAUUAUAUUAUUAUUUGUAUUCUUCUCUUGCAUAAUGCAUUCGUGCAUUAAUUUAUUUACGUAGUUGUAUACAUACGGCAUUACAUAUUUACGCUUACACAUAUAUAAACAUGAUCUCUUAGUAAGUGAAUUAUUUCUUUACUUUAAUUUAUUAAUUGUUAUCUUCAUUUUUCAGAUUUAAAGAUUAAAUGAUAUGACACAAAGCUUGAAAUAACCAAUUUGAUUUUACAAAGUAAUAUA